AUGGUCCAAAGUAUCAAGCUGGCUCAUAUGCCACUCGAACUGGCGCUCUACGUUGCCGUGUACACUGAUGUGGAGAAUGCGCCUUUCCUCAAGGAACAGCUGCUGGCUGGCAACUCGGACUUCGAAUACGCUUUCAUUGAUGCGAGAAUGGUUGCCUCUGUCAACCACGUGCUUGCUGCUGCAUUCCGUGCCAUGAACGACUAUCUCAACGAAAGAUUGAAGUCACGGAACGUCCACUCGGAGAUUGUGUUCUCUCUGAGCCCGAACAACAACAUUGGCGAAGCCUUUCGCAGAUUCGGCGUCAGCGAAUCGACCAGAGAUCUUCUCGUUUUGAAGGUUGCCACAAUGCCCGAAGUGACCCUAGAAAGUGUCACCCAGCAUCUGUCGACGCACAUCCAAGGUCAACCAAGUACAUUUGAUAAUGCAACAUUUCGCAAAGUUGCAGACAUGGAGAGAAUCAGAAAGCUCUAUAAACUCAGCUCUCCGACUUCAGGGGCCGGCUCAGGCAAGGCUGUUAACGGCAUCCCCAGUACUGACACCAGCGAGGGUGUCGAUGAGACGAAAGUUCUUGAAGUUCAGAUUCUGGGACUCAUGGCCCUUCGGGGUGCGACGUGA